AUUUGAGGUGUGAUUCACAGAAUAUCAAAGGAACCAUGGAACCGGUUGAGGCUAUAUGGCUGCUUCUGAUUGGUGGAAGUGGUCACACCGAACCACCAGAUAUUUGAAUGGAUUUGAUUGGCUGUCGCCGCAUCAUGCGAUACAACAUGCGACGUAAGGAGACCACAAACUCACUGAAACAGGACAUCGCAAUUGUUAGAUUUUCACUAAAAGUACUCAAACGAAAGGCCCUGGCCUCAUUCACACCAAGUCUUCAUGCAUUGCUUUCUGUGUGGGAAACAUUUUCAAUCGGCUGGACAGUUUAUGCUUCACAUGUAUCGUAAAAUAGCUCCAGCAACUGUGAACACUGUCGUUCGAGGAGUCGUCUUAUUCCUCAUCGGAGGUUUUCUGGCGAUGAUGCUUUUUGUACUUUCUGUGUUACCCGAAGCACAAAAAAGACGAUGGGGAUCGUUCCCUAUGGAAAUACUAGCCAAAGUCUAUUCUACAUUCUGGUGGAUUCCUCCAAGUUGUGGGACGUUAGCGGCGUUUGUUGGGCUGAUCUGCCCUUGUCUCGAUACAAAACUUGGCAAGCCUCAUAAUUUCCAGAGAGAAUGGUCAAGUGUUGCUCGCUGCGUCACGAUGUUUGUAGGGAUCAGCCACGCUAUAGCAAAAUUAAACUUCCACAGCAGCCACCAGCUGUUUUUAUUUGUUGCCUGCACAUCAUUUUUACUGUGGUGGCUUUUUGAUCGUUCUCAAAAUGGCUUCAGCGUAGCUGUUCUCAGUGCUUUGGCUGCCGCUAUAGUAGUUUACAUGCUGGCCUAUCUUGGUGUUUACAGAUAUAGAAGAAUUAUAGCAGUUGUACCAGGACUGUUUUUCGCUGGGGCAGUCACAUUUAGCAACAUUGGCAGACAGCUCGCCAUGGUUGAGGUCCAUGCUUUCAAGAAGGAGCACCUUGAAUGAGUCAGAGACAGCAAAAGAUGCAGUCUUGAAAUGGGAUGUAGCAUCUACAUAACUGAUAAACUUACUUUGAGCUGGGAAGAGCAAGUCUUGGCUCUUCUUAUUUGACCAGGAUUCCUGAAUUUUUUUUAGUCUGACAAAAUGGUUUCAUAGUUGAUCUUUAAGACAAAAAAAAAACUGGUUUUCACACCAAAGCUCCUUUUUGAGCUAAACUAAAGAAGUAUAUUUAGACAAUUCUCAAGUAUAUUCUAUCUAUGCUGAAGGUCAAUAUCUUGCUAGAGCUGUAGGACUCUAGUUUGAAAAUGCACCAAUCUUGACGCUGCUUUCCAUGAUCCUCUUAGAGCAGGCUCUGAGUUUCAUACAAGAGACAGGUCAUUAUUUCGGCAUUAGAAAUCUUUUUAUGUAAAUAUCUAACAGCAACAAGAAUAAUAGUUGUGUAGAGAUAGAAAACUUGUCUUGACAACUUUUUGUUGAAGACCUGUCUGGUUUCCUAUGAAAUGUUCAAAAUCCCAUAUUUAUUAUCCAGUUAAGGGAUUCUCCUGGUCCAGGGUUCCAAGCAUUUAGGCAAGUUUUUGUUCAGACUUUGUGUAAAUAGAGAUAAUAAUAUAACAAUAUAAGGAUUCUGUUUAAUGUUAUUUAAAUGGUACAUUAGUAAAGCACAGAGGAUAUAAUACUGUAUAAAGAAGUGCAAAGAAACCAUUUUUGAUACCCUUAAUGUUAAUGGGAGCACUUUAUAUCAUUAAAUGGGAUUUAUUUUUAA